CUUCAGAGCUGAGGCUGAACGUUUGCCUGGGAGUCAACCCUGCAGAAGUCAAGACAAGUCUGUGUUCACCAUGAAAUAUAAUCACACUGAGCUUGUCAGAAGUUUCUGAACACGGCAGAGACACAUCAGACUGGCAUGGCUGCAGCAUACUAUCUCCCAGCUGAGGAUCAGUUCCUGUGCUCCAUCUGUCUGGAUGUCUUCACUGAUCCUGUCACCGUACCAUGUGGACACAACUUCUGCAAAAACUGCAUCACUCAACACUGGAACACCAAAGACCAGUACCUGUGUCCACUGUGUAAGGAGGUUUUUACCACAAGAUCAGAGCUGUGCGUCAACACGUUGCUCUCUGGGAUGGUUGAACAACUCAGACGGUCAGCUCAACUGGAGGCUAGCAGCUCAGAGCAACCAGAGUCCAAACCAGGAGAAGUCCUCUGUGACGCCUGCGCUGGAACCAAACUAACAGCCCUCAAGUCCUGCUUGGACUGCCUGGUCUCCUACUGUCAGACUCACCUGGAGCCUCACCUGACAGCUCCACGGCUGAAAAGACACCAGCUGAUCCACCCCGUGGAGAACCUGGAGGACAGGAUGUGUUCAAAGCACGAUAAACCUCUGGAGCUGUUCUGUCAGACCGAUCAGACCUGCAUCUGCGUGCUCUGCUCCGUUUUAGACCACCUGACGCACAAGUUUGUUCCCCUGAAGGAGGAAUAUGAAGGAAAGAAGGCAGAGCUGGAGGAGAAAGAGGCUGAAAUCCAGCAGAUGAUCCAGAAAAGACGCCUGAAGAUUCAGGAGAUCAAAGACUCGGUCCACCUCAGUAAGGAGGAUGCAGACAGGGAGAUCACAGAAGGUGUUCGAGUCUUCACCGCUCUCAAGGAGUCUGCUGAGAGAGGCCAGGCCCAGCUCAUCAACACCAUCCAGAACAAACACAAGACUACAGAGAAACAGGCCCAGGCUUUCAUCCAAGAGCUGGAGCAGGAAAUCUGUCAGCUGAUGAAGACAAGUGCUGAGGUGGAGCAGCUCUCACGCUCCAAAGACCACCUCCAUCUGAUCCAGGGAGUCCAUUCCCUGAACAUCAACAACACUUCAUCUAACAUCCAACAUACAGCACUUACAAAGAAAAAGAGGGACAUCACAGUCUUCCCACCUUUAUACAAGCUGAGCCUUGUGAGAGCUUUAGCUCCUCUGGAGAAGACUCUCAGUAAAACGAUAAAGGAGCUGGUUCAAGCUGAGCUGGAGAGAGUCCAGCAGUAUGAGGUGAAUGUGACUCUGGAUCCUGAUUCGGCACAUCCUCAACUCAUCCUGUCUGAAGAUGGGAAACAGGUCCACCACGGUGAUGUGAGGGAGAAUCUCCCAAACAACCCAGAGAGAUUCUCUGACUGUACUUGUGUUUUAGGAAAGCAGAGUUUCUCUUCAGGCAGAUUUUACUACGAGGUUAAGGUUGAAGGAAAGACUGAAUGGGAUUUAGGAGUAGCCAGAGAGUCCAUCAACAGGAAAGGACCGAUCUCACUCAGUCCUGAGGAGGGUUACUGGACCAUCUGGCUGAGAAGUGGAAAGGAGUAUGAAGCUCUUGAUGGCGACCGAGUUACCCUCCCUCUGAAGACUCGUCCUGAGAAGGUGGGGGUGUUUGUGGAUUAUGAGGAGGGUCUGGUCUCCUUUUAUGAUGUAGAUGCUCCAGCUCUGAUCUACUCCUUCAUUGACUGCUCCUUCAAUGAGAAACUCUUCCCUUACUUCUGUCCCUGUGUUAAUGACGAAAGUACAAACUCUGCACCUCUGAUCAUCUCUCCUGUCAAAAACAGAGACUAGACUGGCCAAACGGAUAACUUUGAUGGUGUGGAUUGUUCCCUCCAAGUAUCCCAGGGUCUCACAGGUGAAGGUAAAAGGUAGACAGGCAGAUCGGUGCAGUGUCAGUAUUACGGUGUUAUGCCAGGCUGUGUUAGUGAAGAGGGAGCUUACCUGGAUGGCAAAAUGUUAAAUUUAGAGGUUAAUCUACACCCCAACCUCACCAAUGGUCAUGAAUUCUGGGUAAUAACCAAAAGAAUGAGAUCACAAAUACAAGCAGCCACAGUGAAUUUCCUCUGGAGUGUGUUUCAGCUGAGCCUUGGAGAUAGGGUAAGGAGUUCAGACAUCUGUAGGGAACCAGGAACCUUUGCAUCAAAGGAUCCAGCUGAGGUGGUUCAGGCAUUUAAUCAUUUAAUCCUGGUCGCCUCUCUUUGGAGGUCUUUUGGGAACGUCAUACUGGGGGAAAAGUACAGGGAAGACACAGAAAUGUGGCGCAUUAACACCUUUAAUCGAACUCUGGUCCGUUUUCCCGGAUAGUCCGGUUCGUUGGGAGUGGUGUGAAAGCUCACACUAACUCUGCUGCGGACCAAACAAGCGGACUCUGGUCCGCUUCCAAACACACUCUGGUGAAAGCAAAGUGGACCAACUCAUGAACCAAAGGCAGGAAGUGGCAUAAAGCGUAAUGAUACAAGAAUAUGUGAUUUAAUACACUCAAAAACAUGUUGCUACCUCGCUCAGCUGUGUAACCAUAGCAACACGUCAUAGUCGGUGCUGAUUUAUUCAUCUCGUGUAAAGAACGACAUGCUGGACAGCUCACCGCCUCACUGGCUGCUCGUAACGCCCCAGUGCGAGGGCAGGAACUCCAAAACAGCAUGAAUUCAGUGUUUUUUCAUUAUGUGGAAGAAAAGACCAGCGGAAGGAGCUGGAUUUCCAGUUUCGUCUUCUUCUACGUCUAUAUAGAGUAAAUGUCCUCAAAUCUUUUAUAUUUCAUGGUACAUCAGCUUGUAUGUCUUAAAGACAAGGUUCUUGUGGAGGAAGACUGAUCCUCAUGUCAGCUAUAACCCUCUGGUAUCCCAACAAAUUACUGCCUCAUUUUCCUCCUAGUGUGCAUAAAUGCACAGGGGUUAUCACUGUAAAUAAAAAAGUUUUAUUAGUGUUUUUUUUUCCUUGUUUCAUGAACUUGUGCCAUUUACAAAAAUACCAAAUACUCAAUAAUUGUCAUAUCUUUUAACUCUUUAAUUGCCAUGUUUGAAAUGUAAACAAACAACAUUCUUUGAUAAAACAAACACAAAUUGAUUUUUAUGAAGAUACUACACUGAAAGUGAAAAACUUAUUUAUGGAUGACUGCAGCCUGACAUAUGUCAUUGAUUAGUAGCAACAUCAGUUAAAAUGCAUUAUUAGUUUUUUGUGAGGUCAGUUAUUCUAAAAUACUCAUGUUUUUCACCCCUCUGCACAAAAAAUGCACACCUUUACAUCAUGUUAUAAGUAUCAUACAUUUCAAAAUUGUUUUACUGUUAUUGAAUUAUAUUUUUCUCAUUUAAGGUCACCCUUAAUCAUAAAUGUCAAAUACUCAUUCAUUUUAA